CUAAGUUCAUUUGUCUGUUCCAAUUUUUUUUUUUUUGGACUUUUAACGUGAAAGUGCACAAUGUUAUUGCAAAACACAAUUAGCCUAACGGCACAACGCGGUCUGUCUACGGUCCUUACAGUAAUUAUCCUACUCCAUCUAUGCACACGUCUCGACGUGGUUAAAGCGAACUCGAUUAAGGAUGUGAAUAAUGUGUUACGCGAUGUUGCGGCAGCCGCCAUGAUGAGUGACGGUAGUGGUGGCGGUCGCUUUAUACGCAGCAAUGGUGAAGCUGCAAAUGAUGUUGCAGCAGAAAUGUUGCGUAGCACCGAAAGGACACAGAAAAAUAAAAAACAUGUAUCGGAAGAAACUAGUGUUGAACUCCUAAGAUUUAUUGAUGAUGAUGAUAAUAAUGAUGUUAAUGAUGAUGAAGCUGAUAAUGAUAUUAUUGAGGAUUAUGAACAUAAUGCUUACGAUAAUUCAAAUGAAAGUGCUGUAAAAGUGAAAGCGAAGGAUUUUGGUAGUACAACAAGCGCUACAAUAAAAUCGAAACGUGUUGUUGUUGUUAACAAUGUUGACAGUAAUUCUGACGAUUUAUCGCUUAACGAUCAAGUGCGUUUAUUAACGAAACAAUUGAAUGCGUUAAUGACACGUCGACGUGAGGAUUACGAAAUGUUGGAACGUAAUUUACGCAAAUCGCUAAGGAUUACCGCAGACGCUGCCGCUGAUACGGAUUUAAGGAACGAAGUAGAACAGUUGAGAUUGGAAGUAAAGUCGUUACGUGAUGGUCACAUUAACACAAACAAGGAGCGUCUUACUAUCGAAUGGUUGCAACAGUCUGUAUCGGAAAUACGCAAACAACUCAUCGAAUUGCAACAGAUUGCCACAAAAGCUACAAAGGAUGUCAAUUUUCAUACACAGAAUUUCGAGGAUUUGGCAACUGUUCGUAAUGACUUUCAACAACUUAAACUGGAAGUAGUCUCCCUACAGGAGCGCCAACAACAGAGUGAAGUUUAUGUGCAGGAACUACGCGAAGAAAUAAUGCAGCAGGAAGAGGAUUAUAAACGUCUACUGCAUAAUCUCAAAGGAUUACAACAAACCGAUGUAAAUGCACAAACUGCAGUGCAGUACAAAGGAGAACAGAGCGAGGAUGUUAAGCUCAACACUGAAUCCUUGGCAGAUCACAAACGCCGUCAUUGUCACUUCCAACGCCAAGAAAUACAUGAACUUCAAUUGGCGCAACGUAGCAUGCGGCGCAAGCUGAACGAACUGAAAUACCACCGCAUUGACGAACGCGUACGCAGCAUCGAAAUAGAGCAACAUCGUCUUGCGGAUGCCAAUUUCAAUUUGAGUCGCCAAAUUGCCACGUUGGACAAAUUGCAUUUGUCGAUGCUGGAACUGCUGGAGGACGUAGAAGGUCUACAAACUAAAAUUGACAAGAAUGUGCCCGAGCUACGGCAUGAAAUAUCCAAAUUAGAAUUUACAAAUGCACAACUAACAUCCGAGCAGAAUAUGCUGCGUGAGGAAAGCAAAAAUAUGGCACGUUCCAUACAAGCCAUGGCAAUGAGUGUAAGCACUUUACAGGAUGAACGUGACGGCGUCCGGAAAAUGGAAACAACUGUAACCAAACUCCAAGCACAAGUCGAUCGUUCACAAAGUGUCCUACAGGAUGUGCAACGAGCAUUGACACAUCACAGAAGAGCUGACAAUAAGCUUCAACAAUAUGGAAUUGAUUUCAAUGAUGAACUAGAAAACAACACUAAUAGUGUUAACAAUACCAACAAUACGAAUUUAUCUCAAAAUGCUGAAACAUUGGUUGAAAAGUUAGAAAAGGUUGAGUUACAAUACGAGUCCAUCAUAAAUAAAUUACCACAAGAUUGCAGUGAUGUUGCACAAAGUACUGAAGGUCUUUAUUUGAUUGCGCCUGCUGGUCAGCAUCAUCCAUUAAUGGCCCAUUGCACAGCAGAUGGCUGGACAACUGUACAACGACGUUAUGAUGGCAGUGCUGAUUUUAAUCGUUCGUGGGAAGAUUAUGCUGCCGGUUUUGGCACACCUGCUGGUGAAUAUUGGAUUGGUAACGAGCAAUUGCACCAUUUGACCGUGAAUAACUGCACCGAAUUACGUAUAAUUAUGCAAGAUAUUUACGACAAUGUUUGGCAAGCACAAUACAGUAACUUCUAUAUAGCUUCACGCGCUGAUGGCUUCCGCCUGCACAUUUCCGGCUAUCGUGGCAAUGCAUCAGAUGCUUUAGACUAUCAGCAGGGUAUGCAAUUCUCAGCGAUCGAUGUAGAUCGUGACAUCUCACAAACGCACUGUGCUGCUAACUAUGAGGGUGGAUGGUGGUUCUCUCAUUGUCAGCAUGCAAAUUUGAAUGGACGCUACAAUCUCGGUUUGACAUGGUUCGAUGCGUCGCGCAAUGAAUGGAUUGCCGUCAAAUCAAGUCAAAUGCAAAUAAAGCGUCAAUCAGCAGCAGUUUGUGCUUAUAGAAAUGCUAAACGAUAUGCUGCAACUGCUUCUGAUGUGACAAGUGCGACGACAAUUAUAUCUAGCGAAGUACCGACAACCACAACAACAGCAACGUAUUCAUCCGGUGUACAAGUGUAGAAUGCCUUUCAGAGCAUUCAUACAAAUCAUCAUACCAUGGAAAACCCAAACACAUUAAAAUUAUAAAACUAUAAACAAUUACAUACGCGUAUCUUUGCUAGAGUUAGAACCACCAUAGCCAUGCCUGCUGUAGUUUGACGUGCAGAGCGUUCAUAUAUUAUUGCGUAUGUGAGAAGUCAAUAGAUUUAUGCGUUACGAUAAGGCGUCAUCCAUGUGGAGAUACUCAUUACUAUAAAAUUUUGUAAAUAUUUUCAAUAUAUAAAGGCAAGUUGUGAACAUGCUUUCUAUGUAAGUCCAGAGUUACUAUUUAAUUAAGUUGUAUUUAUAUUAGAAUUUCUGA